UGUUUGAAGCAUGGCAUGAGGAGCAAUGCUAGUGCAAUAUAUUGUGUCAACGAUAUUUCUCCAUUUUCGCUUCAUAAAUGACUUUAAAUCGAGCUAAAUGUGAUUAUAUUGUGUUUAUUUUACUUCUAAUGAAUUUCAAUCGAGCGGUUUGUUGUAGAGGUUACAUGAAAAAAAAGUGAAGCCAUGCUUUUACUGUGAUGCUGUAGAUUCUAUAUAAAGCAUUCUAUCAAAGUGACCCAUUGUAAAAAGUGAAAUUUUUAGAAAAUUCAUAAUGGAGUAUGAUUCUAUACCAAUUCCCCGAUCUACGCCCGAGACCACAACUCCAGACGACUACAGCAUGGACCACGCCAGUGCCCCCGUGGUGACGGUGGCAGUAGGUUGUGAUGUUGUGCUCGUCACUACGUCGUCUGUGGUGACGGCCUCGUCUCGUCCCGAGGUUAUCAACUCGAUUCAACCCUCCAGCGUCAGCAGAUCUCCCAGCCCUGACAACCCUCACGCCGGUCCAGCAUUUCCCUCGCAACCGACCUCACCAGCUGGAGAUGUCAGACCGAGGGUAUCUUGUGCGCAAUCCUUCAAUAUAGGACCUGUGAGGUACCCUCUCAAGCACCACUCCCCGCCGUACCUGCGACACGCUCCGUUACCAUCUAAUGAGACCAGAACCAUCAUCUGUGAACCUCCCUUCAGCAGACACGCUCCGUUACCGUCUAAUGAGACCAGAACCAUCACUUGUGAACCUCCCUUCAGCAGACACGCUCCGUUACCGUCUAAUGAGACCAGAACCAUCACUUGUGAACCUCCCUUCAGCAGACACGCUCCGUUACCGUCUAAUGAGACCAGAACCAUCACUUGUGAACCUCCCUUCAGCAGACACGCUCCGUUACCGUCUAAUGAGACCAGAACCAUCACUUGUGAACCUCCCUUCAGCNUCGACUGA